UACAUUUCUUUUUCUUUUCUAGACGGGGAAUCUUGGUCGUUUGAGUGUACAGUUGUAGGAAUAUGAUAUCAGAAUAUUGUAGUUAGUCAGCAUAAUUAGUUAAGUUUAUUAAUCAGUUAGCUAAAGGUUAGUUUUACCAACCUUAGAGUCUAGCAGUUUUGUAAGUAUGAAGAAAUUUCGGGAGUGAUGUAGAGGCUUUUGAAGAUUGGUCUCUGGAAGAUAAGAGUGAAUUUUUGAGGCUUUUCAUAGAAAGCGAGAAAAAGUGUCUGCAACUUAUUUAAACAGUGAAGAAGUUAACUCUAACAAAGACAAGUUAGUGAAAACAAGAAACAAGAAGGAUACAGAAGCUGGAGCAGUCAGACUCUUCUUGCAUUCCUAGUAAUCUCCUCCUCGAAUAUGAUUUCAGCUACUGAAAAGGAGAAGCAUAAUGGAGUUGGUGCAAACACAAUCAACAGUAGAAUUUGUGAUGUUUACUCAAGAGCUGCUUCGAAAGAGCAUAUGAUGUACCUUGUGAACUGUCACAUUGCUGCACAUUUAGGAUUCUUCAAUUAUCAAAUUCCUACUUCAUAUUUCGCUCUUGAGAACAAGUGUGAUCUCAAGGGGAAGGGAUGCGCUCAGUUUGUACAGUUAACAGUUUUCUAUGCCUUCACUUGGAAAGACGAUAUAUUCCCACAAAGUGGGGUUUAGGGAGGGUAAGUGUACACAGUCCAUAUCAGUACCUCAGAGUGAAGUCGCUUGGGACAGACACAUGUAUAUGGUGAAAAUGAAAUUGACUUUGGUGGUACAGGUAAAAUGUUUCCUUUAGAAGUUAUGAGCUUGGCUGAAUAUGAGAAUUCUUCAUUGGGAUGGAAGAAAAGCUAGAGAAACUGGAGUUAGAAUGACUGUGAAGCAUUUGAAGUUGAGAUCAAGAAAAAAAAUACUAUCAACAUUGAAGGCUUCUUGAUUGCUACCCACGAGUUAGACGAGUUUGACAAAGUAUUCUAUUUAGUCUUAUAUAUGUAUCUCUUCUAGUGUAAGUAAAUAUUGUGGAUGCUAUACCAAUGGAUGCAAAAAGCUGACACGAUAAUAAAACCACCUAGAAUAUUGACGGUAUGUGCUCGUGGUGACUUAAUUGUCCUGCAGUAGUUACUUCUGUUUUAUUUUCCGUUGACAGAUUUAUGUCACAUAAUUGAGAUAAAUUGACAGAUUUUUUAUUUCUUUCAAAUUUUUAGUACAUUAUAUUGCACUAUUCUUUUAUUCUACUUUGUUCUUCUCUUGAUCCUCUAACAUAUCGACAUGGCAAACAAUGGACGUCAUCCAUCUAAAUAUGCAGAAUCCUACUGACAGAAAAAUGUGCCAACAAUCAAAUUUUGAGAAGUAGAAAGAAUGUGCUAUACAACCAUUUUGCGACGCAGAUGUAGCACAUCACAGACGGGUGACCUAGCGAUGCUUGGCAGCGCAGCUGACGGGAUUUUCGGACUUGGGCAGUAUGGCGUGUCGGUAAUCGCACAGCUUUCUGCCCAAGGAGUGAUCCCGCAUGUUUUCUCCCAUUGCUUGAGAGGAAGCAAUGGUGGAGGUGGCAUUUUGGUGUUUGGUCAAAUUGUGGAGCCAACUUUGGUUUACACUCCACUUGUCCCAUCACAUAAAUAUGGAACGUGGAUAAAUAUCCUUCACCUUCCCCUAUGCUUUUUCAUAAAUAUCCUCACUUUUUUCGUUGCCCGGGCCGCAUUACAUGGUGAAUCUUGAGACUAUUGCUGUCAAUGGACAGACAUUGACAAUCAAUCCUCAAGUAUUUAAAACAACAAGAUACAGGGGAACCAUGGUUGAUUCUGGAACGACUCUGGGAUACCUUGCUGAAGAAGCUUAUGAUAUUUUUGUUAAUGCUAUCACUAAGGCUGUUUCACAGCAUGUGUGCGCUUUUGAUGGCCUGACUAGCCAGUUCUAUCGAACCACCUCCAGCGUUGAUAUAUUUCCCGUGGUGAGUUUGAACUUCACUGGUGGUGCAGCAAUGCUAUUAAGGGGUGAGGACUACCUUGUACAACAAUUUUCCAUUGGUGCUGAAACUGUCUGGUGCAUGGGCUUUCAGAAAUUUCCAGGCCGAGGACUGACAAUUUUAAGAGACAUGGUUCUUAAGGACAAGAUUGUUAUUUAUGAUCUGGCUAGACAACAGAUUGGAUGGGCCAGUUACAAUUGUUCUCAGUCCGUCAAGGUUUCAGCUACCACGAGCAACGCCUGUGUUGCCAGCAUUAGUGUUUGGCACUUACUACUUGUUCUUGUAAUAAACUAUAGUGUUGCUGUUUCUAGGUGUUUUCUUUUACAUUAGUAGCCUCUUAAGGCAAUUUCCUAGUUCCACUUAUUGUAGAUUCAUGUAGUGAUUACUUCCUUUGUAAAGUAGAUUCUGAACACUUGGGUAUAACAUUAUUCUCCAUAGUUGCAUUUGAUUUUGAAUGAAAAUUUUGUUAAACACUGCCCAA